UUGUUAACCAAGGCAGCCACCUUCAGUCCAGUGCCUUUUAAAUAUGCUGUACUUCAGAUCCCUUAAUUCUAAGUAGGGAGGGCUUACUGCUAAACGCAGGCCCAAGGAGAGAGUUCCUGAAUGACAUGCCUUGGAUUUCGGUUGGUCUUACUUGGAAAUCAUCUCUUGAAAUACCAGCCUGUUGGAUUAUUGAUAGGACUCCAAAGAACUAGGUUUCUUGGAGCAAAACCUUCUGAUGUUUGUGCUCAGCCAGGUAGCAGUAUUUUUGAAAGCCUUUUUUCUUCCACAGUGACCUUUAAUUGGUUUGUUUCCUUGCAGUUAACAUGGCAUCCAGUUCAGACUUCCCUACCUAUGACAACAGCGCAAGUUCAAAGCUGCUCAGAAAAUCCCAGGAAAGUCCAUUCAUCCCAGUCGGUUUAGCAGGCUUCCUAGGCCUGGCCGCCUAUGGGAUCUACCGGCUGAAGCACAGAGGGGACACCAAGAUGUCCAUCCACCUGAUCCACACACGUAUGGCCGCCCAGGGCUUCGUGGUGGGGAGCAUAAUUUGUGGUGUGGUCUAUUCAAUGGUCCGGGAUUAUGUCUGGAAGCCCCAGGCCAAGUCUUAGGAAGCCCGCUGAGCCCGCCCCUCGCCUGUUCCUCUGUACUGUAGGGCUAGCUUGGCAACUGAAUGGGCCGCAGUGAGAAAGAGGAACAAAGCUCUGCGUUUGCACCUCUCCCACACAGCGUAGCCUUCUCUGCUGCCAGAGCUACUUGAGCUUAGAUGGCUGGCGAUAAAAGUCACUUUUUAACUUUUUCGGUUCUCCCAGGACCACGAAUUGGUAUUUGGUAGAUUGCAGCCGCUUUCACUGUACUCACCUGGCAGGUUGGCAUUCUGUGGUCUAGGCGACUCCAGACUUUCUCCUUCAGCGAUGAUGAUUUGGAAAAGCAGGCAAGAAAGUGAACGGUGACAAUAUCCAGUGUGCGUUUCACCCAGAGAUGAGACAGUUUCGACUGCUUCCUUUACCUGCUAGGUAGAAAUGGAUUUAGGAAG